GAUGGGCUGGAAUGGGUGAGUUGGGGUGAAGGGUAGAGCAGGUAAUCACUGCACACUUCAGUUAAAGAAGGAGGUAUCUUUCGAGCCGUGGGGUUUCUCCAACGGAGGCUGGAACACCCAGAUAACAACAACGAGGAAGCCUCGGCAGUCCAGCCUUGACCCCUGCGGGGAGUGCGGUCAAGAUACCCGGCCAUAGGGGCAGAGCUGGCGGGUGGGCGGGGACAUGCCUGCUCUGCAAGCUGAUUGGCUGGCAGGUGCGCGCUGGCGGGGCCCGAAAUUAGGGGCUACCAGGCCGUGAGGACCGCUAGUCCCACCGCUCUCUCGGCCCCGCGGCAGCCGGAAUCGGGCUUCUGCUUCCCAGCCCGCGGCGCCCCCACCACCUCGCUCCCCACCACUCCCCCGGCUUUCCGGGAUCCGAAUUUGGAGGCCCCUUAAAGGGUCCCCGUUGCUCUUCGCCCGGUCCUGCAGAACGGAAGUGGGGAUCCUGGACUUCGGUCCCAGACGGUGGAGAUCGGGAUGGCUUCCGUGCUGAUCCGAGAAGCCAAGGAGGGAGACUGUGGAAAUAUCCUGAGGCUGAUUCGGGAACUCGCUGAGUACGAGAAACUCUCAGACCAGGUGAAGAUCAGUGAAGAAGCCCUGAGAGCAGAUGGCUUUGGAGAGAAUCCUUUCUAUCACUGUUUGGUAGCAGAGAUUCUUCCUGUCCCCGGGGAGCCACAGGGUAAGAGCACCCCUAUCUCAGAGGUGCCCUCUCCAGUCAGCCUCAAAGGUCUCUCCCCCAGGUGCCCAGCGGCCUGA